AUGGCCCUUCUCUGGGUUGUCCUUGGCUUCUUCCUCUUUGGCAGCAGCUUCGGCUGCGGAGUCCCCACCAUCGACCCUGUGCUGAGCGGCCUGUCCAGGAUCGUCAACGGGGAGGACGCUGUCCCCGGCUCCUGGCCCUGGCAGGUGUCCCUGCAGACCAGCUCCGGCUUCCACUUCUGCGGGGGCUCCCUCAUCAGUGAGGACUGGGUGGUCACCGCCGCCCACUGCGGGGUCAGGAAGAGUCACCUCGUGGUGGCCGGGGUAUCUGAUCAAGGCUCCGAGGAGGAGGCUGUCCAGGUGCUGAGGAUCGCUGAGGUCUUUGAACACCCCCUGUGGGACCUGCGCACGGUCCGGAACGACAUCGCCCUGCUGAAGCUGGCCACGCCCGCGAGCCUCUCCGGGACCGUGUCCGCCGUGUGCCUGCCCAGCGCCAACGCCAGCUUCCCUGCGGGCUCCCUGUGCGCCACCACGGGCUGGGGCAAGACCCGGUACAACGCUCUCAAGACCCCCGACAAGCUGCAGCAGGCGACCCUGCCCGUCAUGUCCAACGCCGACUGCAAGCAGUACUGGGGCAGCAAGAUCACCGACGUGAUGAUCUGUGCGGGCGCCAGCGGCAUCUCCUCCUGCAUGGGCGACUCUGGUGGCCCCCUGGUCUGCCAGAAGGAUGGGGCCUGGACCCUGGUGGGCAUCGUGUCCUGGGGCAGCGGCCGCUGUGGCCCGUUCUCACCAGGCGUGUACACCCGGGUCACCAAGUUUAUUCCCUGGGUUCUCGAAGUUCUGGAGGCCAACUGAGCCUCUGCCCUGCCCCAGCCCCCAUGUGUGUAAAACCCAAAUAAAACUGCUUGCAGGUUCACUUCUGUGCCUUCGCUGGGGCGGGAGGACGGCUGCCUUCACCGAGGUCCCCUCUGGAGCUCAGAGCUGAGGGAGCUGGCAGAUACCCAGCCCUACCCCUUCUUCACAGAGACGGGGGAAAUGAGCCUCAAGCUCACACGCAGGGUGGCUGAGAGCUAGGGGCAGGGCCGCUGGUGCCCAGAGCUCUCGCCUUCCUCGGGCUGCCAGACGUACCCCCAGACUUCCGGGAGGGGACCACUGACCCAGGGUGAGGGCCCCUCUUGUCCCCUACCUCCCAACUGGGAGUCCAAGUCCAUGUGUAAUUCAAAUGGGACACGCGGAGAAGUUCCACAAGCUGAAGUUAAGAGCUUCUUUCUAAGAGCUAAGUUCUGGAUAAGGCCUGUGAAAGCAAGUUUCUCUGCGUGGAAUAGUGCAUCUCCCAGCGGUGCCCCCAGCAGGGCACUCUCUGCCUCGGGAUGCAGGGGCCCCAGCAGGGCUCUCUGGCUCCUGGAGCUGCUCCCACCCACACAUCACCCUGCAUCUGCCUUCGCCUCGGCCGCCUGCCCAGGGACCAUGCUGGAUUUUCAUCGAACCUCAGCAGCGGCUGCGCCCUUGGCCACUGCGCUCGCGCUGAGCCUCUCUGGCCUCAAGCCCUGGAUUCUGACGGCCACUCUUCAGCCUCCCUCCAGCUGCCCAGGC